CUCACAUAUAUAUAGAAAUAAACAAGUCAUACAUCCCACACAUCAAAAAACACAUACCAAUAUUCAUUGAGAUUCAUCAAAAGCUACAACAAUUAAACAUGAGUGCAGCCACCAGAGCUUGGAUUGUGGCAUCAAGCAUUGGAGCAGUGGAAGCAUUGAAGGAUCAAUUGGGGGUGUGCAGGUGGAACCAUGCAUUGAGGUCACUCCAGCAGCAUGCCAAGAGCAACAUCAGAUCCUACACUCAGGCCAAGAACCUGUCUUCUGCUACUUCUGCUGCUGUUUCCAAUAAGGUCAAGAGGACCAAGGAAGAGUCCAUGAGGAAAAUCAUGGACUUGAGCUGUUGGGGUCCCAAUACUUCAAGGUUUUAGUUUGGGGACUGUUGUAACUGCAUUGAUCAUUGUGCUGCAAGUUUGAUGACGAUAUACUACUUUGUAGCCUUUUGUGAUGGCAUGGCACCCCUUAACCUUAUGCAUCUCUUUGAUUCAUAAUUAAAAAAUUUUGUCUAUGAAAAUGGUAAAUGUUUGAUCCAAUGAAAACAUAAUUGAGGUCUAUUUUUUAGUUUUUA